CUCCUCCAGAGUGAACGCUCCCUGCUAGCUGCGCUUAGCCGGUCGGAAUAAAUAGACACAAAAAUGUCGGGAAAGAGUUUUCGAGUGAGCGACGGGGACUGGAUUUGCCCUGAUAAAAAGUGUGGAAAUGUGAAUUUCGCUAGGAGAACAAGUUGUAACAGAUGUGGGAGGGAGAAAACAACAGAAGCAAAGAUGAUGAAAGCAGGAGGGACAGAGAUCGGGAAAACCCUGGCUGAGAAGAGCAGGGGACUGUUCAGUGCAAAUGACUGGCAAUGCAAAACGUGUGGUAAUGUCAAUUGGGCGAGGAGGUCAGAGUGUAACAUGUGCAACACGCCUAAAUAUGCCAAGCUCGAAGAGAGAACAGGCUAUGGUGGAGGUUUCAAUGAAAGGGAAAACGUGGAAUACAUUGAACGAGAGGAAUCAGACGGUGAAUACGAUGAGUUUGGCAGAAAAAAGAAAAAGUAUCGUGGGAAAACCAACAGCACAUCAUCUUCUAAGGAAAGCGAGAAGAAGGAAGAAGCAAAGGGAAACGUUGAUGAUGAUGAAGAGGAGGAAGAGGAGGAGGAUGAAGAUGGAGAUCUCUCCAAGUACAAGUUAGAUGAUGAUGAUGAAGAAGAUGAUGAAGAUGGAGACCUGUCCAAAUACGACCUAGAUGCCAGCGAUGAUGAAGCGAAGCCGACCAAGAAGAAGGGUAGUCGUUCGGGCUCGUCACAGUCCCGCUCCCGCUCCCGGUCCAACUCGUCCUCGCACUCUAGCUCCAGCUCACGGUCGAGGUCCAGGUCCCAGACGAGGAGCUCAUCCAGUUCCAGAUCUGGGUCUCGCUCGAGGUCGCACUCCAGAUCCAGCUCUAGGUCUGGAAAGGGAUCCUCUCCCCCGAAGAGAUCCCGCUCGCCCUCUUCCUCACCAGAGAGGAGACAGAAACGCAGCCGCUCCAGGUCCUCAUCUGGAGGGAGGAAACGGAGGCGCUCUAGAUCGUCCGAAAGGCGCCGUGGCCACUCCUCUGGAUCCUCCAAUUCCGGCUCCAGUUCGAAAAAGAAAUAAAUUUAAAAUGACCCCUAAAACAGGAAAAAAAGGAACCAUUAGUACAAAUGCAUGUUGUGUUUUAAGAUAAAACAACCGGGUCCGAUCUUUAUGCUGUUCAGUCCUGUUGAACCUUGCAGUAACAUCCUACGCCCCUAAAAAAAGAAAAUUAUUCUCAUGUUACCUGUCAUGUCACACUGCCUUCCUCCAAAUCAACCUCCAUCCCAGUCGCUGCCCAAGUGUGUGUGUAACGUUAGGUGUCCAACAAACUUAACAGAUGUCUGAUCCAUGCACAUAAACAGAAGAAUACUGUGAGCAGGGUAUAGCCCCAUCCCAAACUUAAUGUCAUUACGGCACUACAUUUUAUUCCUCUCAUUUUGGGGAAACUAAAGCUUUAACAUAAAUUACAACUUUGAUGACUUGAAGCUGUUGAGAUGGCAGUUUGACAACAACAUUGGUUUUUCAAACGAAUUCAGAAGGAAAAGGUUUCUUCCACCGCAAUUAUAGCAUGUUAAAGUGUUAAAGUUUCUAUAAUUGACGAAUUUUCUUUUUUUUGUGUGUGUGUGUUUAAGGUAAGUAUUUUUAUUUCUCUGUAAUGUCCCAUGCUAAAUGAAAGUAAUUUCAACAAAUUAAGAUUGGAACGUUUUUUCCUCAACACAGUUUUGGCCUGUAAAAAUGUUGAUUUACAGUCUGUUGGAGUAAUUUAAUUACACUCCUCAAUUCAGUUACCUGUUAAAGGUCGCUGUUCAUUUUUAAUUCGAAGUCUGAUAAAGUGCAGCGGGAACAGCGUCAGACAUUUCCUGUGAAUAGAAAGUGGGCGUGGCUUCUUGUUGUUGGACGAACUGUAAACCACAUGUAAAUAAACGCUGUCAGUCUUUGUCCGUGUGUCUGAACAUAACUCGGGAGACUCCUCGACACAUUUUGAGAGCGAUGUCUUUAAUUUAAACGUAUUGUCUUGAGCAUUAAUACCCAUAAGAUGUGUGAUAUUGAAGAGUUUGGUCACAUUCGUGGGAAAUUCGCUUCCGUUCAGUGUUUGAAUUCAGAUGACAUCAGGUGUCAACCUGGCCGCCUCUAAGGUUGUUUGGCAAAGUUUUUACUCAGUUUUUACUCAUUUAAAAUAUCCACUUUCGAUAUCAGGCUUAAU